AUGGCGGCUUUGAAGUCGACAUAUGUCACGGAUAACAGUACGUUAAAAUUCUCCUUAUCCUUCCAUCCUCCUUAUCCUCCCAUCCUCCCAUCCGCCCAUCCUCCCAUCCUCCUCAUCCUCCCUUCCUCCCAUCCUCCCAUCCUCCUUAUCCUCCCAUCCUCCCAUCCUCCCAUCCUCCUCAUCCUCCAAUCCUCCAAUACUCAUUAUCCUCCCAUCCUCCUUACUCUCCUCAUCCUCCCAUCCCCCCAUCCGCCCAUCCUCCCAUUCUCCUUAUCCGCCCAUCCUCCCAUCCUCCCAUCCUCUAAUCCUCCUUAUCCUCCUCAUCCUCCCAUCCUCCUCAUCCUCCAUUCCUCCUUAUCCUCCCAUCCUCCUCAUCCUCCCAUCCUCCCAUCCUCCAUCCUCCUUAUCCUCCCAUCCUCCCACCCUCCCAUUCUCCUUAUCCUUCCAUCCUCCUUAUCCUCCCAACCGCCCAUCCUCCCAUCCUCCUCAUCCUCCCAUCCUCCCAUCCUCCUCAUCCUCCCAUCCUCCCAUCCUCCCUUCCUCCCAUCCUCCCAUCCUCCCAUCGCCCAUCCUCCUCAUCCUCCCAUCCUCCUCAUCCUCCAUUCCUCCUUAUCCUCCCAUCCUCCCAUCCUCCCAUCCUCCCAUCCUCCCAUCCUCCUCAUCCUCCCAUCCUCCCAUCCUCCCAUCCUCCUUAUCCUCCCAUCCUCCCACCCUCCCAUUCUUCUUAUCCUUCCAUCCUCCUUAUCCUCCCAACCGCCCAUCCUCCCAUCCUCCUCAUCCUCCCAUCCUCCCAUCCUCCCUUCCUCCCAUCCUCCCAUCCUCCCAUCGCCCAUCCUCCUCAUCCUCCCAUCCUCCCAUCCUCCCAUCCUCCUCAUCCUCCAUUCCUCCUUAUCCUCCCAUCCUCCCAUCCUCCCAUCCUCCCAUCCUCCCCAUCCUCCUCAUCCUCACAUCAUCCCAUCCUCCUCAUCCUCCCAUCCUCCCAUCCGCCUCAUCCUCCCAUCCUCCCAUCCUCCUAAUCCUUCCAUCCUCCCUUCCUCCCAUCCUCCUCAUCCUCCCAUCCUCCCAUCCUCCCAUCCUCCUCAUCCUCCCAUCCUCCCAUCCUCCCAACCUCCCGUCAUCCCAUCCUCCCAUCCUCCUCAUUCUCCCAUCCUCCCAUCCUCCUCAUCCUCCCAUCCUCCCAUCCUCCUAUCCUCCCAUCCUCCUCAUCCUCCCAUCCUCCCAUCCUCCCAUCCUCCUCAUCCUCCCAUCCUCCUUAUUCUCCCAUCCUCCCAUCCUCCUCAUCCUCCCAUCCUCCCCAUCCUCCCGUCAUCCCAUCCUCCCAUCCUCCUCAUUCUCCCAUCCUCCCAUCCUCCUCAUCCUCCCAUCCUCCCAUCUUCCUCAUCCUCCCAUCCUCCCAUCCUCCCAUCCUCCUCAUCCUCCCAUCCUCCUUAUCCUCCCAUCCUCCCAUCCUCCUCAUCCUCCAUCCUCUAA